AUGACCCUGAGCUCGGAGAUGUCCGAGGCGUCGGCGCUGGCUGAGGAGACCGACAUCGAUGUGGUGGGCGAGGAGGACGACGAGGAGGACGAGGAGGAGCCGCAGCCCCGCCGCCGCCGCCGCCGCUCCUACGCCGAGGACGAGGACGAGGACGAGGAGGAGGAGGAGGAAGAUGCGGGCGACCUUCACGACGACGCCCUGCUGCCGCGGUCGCCCGUGCGCGCGGGCGGCGGCGGCGGCGGCGGCGGCGGCGGCGGGGCGGGCGGCGGGGACGGCCCCGGCGGCUCGCGGCCCCCCUCCCGGGGCGGCCCGCAGAAGGCGGCGGCGGCGGGCGGCGGCGGGUCGGGCGGCGGAGGCGGCGGCGGCGGCGGCGGCGGGGGCGGAGGCGGCGGCGGCGGCGGCGGCAAGAACAGCCUGGUGAAGCCGCCCUACUCCUACAUCGCGCUCAUCACCAUGGCCAUCCUGCAGAGCCCCAAGAAGCGGCUGACGCUGAGCGAGAUCUGCGAGUUCAUCAGCGGGCGCUUCCCCUACUACCGAGAGAAGUUCCCUGCCUGGCAGAACAGCAUCCGCCACAACCUCUCCCUCAACGACUGCUUCGUGAAAAUCCCCCGGGAGCCCGGCAACCCGGGCAAGGGCAACUACUGGACGCUGGACCCCGAGUCCGCCGACAUGUUCGACAACGGGAGUUUCCUGCGCCGCCGAAAGCGCUUCCAGCGGCAGCAACUCCCGGCCCCGGAGCUGCUGCUGCGCGCCGUGGACCCCGCCGCCUUCCUCCCGCAGCCCCCGCCCCAGCCCCCGCAGCAGCCGCCCUGCGCCUACGGACCGUACGGCUGCGGCUACGGCCUCCAGCUGCAGCCCUACCACCCCCACUCCGCCCUCUUCGCCUUCCACCACCCCUCCCCGCCGCCCCGGCAGCCCCCCGCCGCCCCCGCCGGCGCCCCCGCCGCGGCGCUGCCCCCCGCCGCCGCCGCCGCUGCUCCGCCGGGCCCCUUGCUGCCGGCGGCGGAGCUGGCACGGACGCCCUUCGGCUACGCGCACCCCGCUGGCCCGGCGCUGGCGGCCUCGCUGCACGCCGCCAAGCCCGGCAGCGGCGCGGCGGUGGCUCGCUCGCCCUUCUCCAUCGAGAGCAUCAUCGGGGGGGGGGCCGGCCCCGGCCUGGGUGCCGGCCCCGCUCCCGGUGCGGGCAGCAGCUGCGCCUCGCAGUCGGGCGCAGCGCCGGGGCUGUCCCGCUCGCUGGGGAGCGGCCUGGCACCCGCCGCCGCGCUGCCCGCCGCGCCCGGCCUGGCGGCCCGCAUCUCUAACUGUUAAGGGGUUCGGAGUCUUUCCGAAGGUAGGAUUUGGGCUCUUUUUAUUCGCCGCUCGGAUGCCCGGCGGGACGCACGGAGGAGCGGCUUUGCGCGGGAUUUGCGCGGGAUUUGCGCGCGGUUUGCGCGUUGGGGAUAUAUGAGGCCGUUCUCUGUGGCCGGCGGGUUGCCCGGGACCGGUCCGAUGCACAGCCAGGUCGGUGUGCUGUACGGGCGAGC